GUUUCGGGAUGCGUAUGAGUCAGUUGACGGUCGGCGCGCCGGCGCGUGCUCAACGUUCGCGGGCGGUAUUCGCGUUCCAAAUUCGUAAUUGGAAUUUUUUUGGAAGAAAAAUUUUCGGUGUUGUGAUGUAAAUGUUUUGAAUUUCUACUAAAUUUACGAUGUGUUUUGUUAUAGUGGUAGAAAAUAUUCAAGCUAACAUCAUAAGCGAUCUGAAAAAGCAACGCCGAAGCUUACAGCACGAAAAUCGCCGUCAACUGCAACGAAAUUCCAUGAAUUAGACGAAAAAAAAUUCACCUACAAAAUGUACAAUUCGAGCGAAUUCCUGCACAGCGCCGGAGUCAGCCGCCACAUGCAGGCGACAGGCGAGGCUCCCUCGCAAAAGACCAGUAUGAAGCGACGCUCCUGCGAAGUGCCGUUAGGAGACAUCUCAUCAAACAACUUCAAGGUCUCUAUGAAUGAUAUUUCUAAUGAAGCACCGAACUACGACUGUCGCUCGCUUAGGUCCGUUAAGUCUGAGGACGCCAGAUCGCUUCGAUACAGACCGAUAGACAGCCGAUCUGUGAAAAACUUCCGUUCGUCUUUAAUCGACCUGUCAACUUACUCGUUAUCACGGCCGCCGAGCUACGACCAGCUGUCGAGGAGGUCGGUGGUGGAGGAAGGACAAAUAACGUCCAGCAUCGAAGGGGUCCUGUGGUCCGAUGAGGAGGAGAACGAGUAUUUUUAUCACGAGAACAUCACGAGCGCCUGGAAUCAAGAUUUGGCUGCAAUAAGACAGCUAUUGGACAGCGAAACUGGAGCCACAACUUGUCCGAGUUGUAACAUGCCCUUUGACAAAGGCAAAAAGAGGAAGCUGAUCGACACCUGCGGGCAUGAACGUUGCUACUCCUGUAUGUUCAGAAACGAGGCUUGUCCUUUGUGCGCUAGAAAUAGCCAAGGAAGGCGACAAGUCAUGGAAAGGUACACACCGUCCCCGCAACGGCAGGACGAUUGGCAGUCCCCGAUGCGCCUGCCCAAGCCACCCAAACAGCCCAGUAAUUUGGCACAGAGCUGUCCCACACCGCCGCACACUAGAAGAAGAUUCUUCCUCAGCCCGAAAUCCCUCCGAAGCCCGUUCGGUCAGCGAGCGCGACACUCGCACGACAACCACGUGCCACUUUCCGGUUUACCAGAAGAAGGCCCACGAAGCGCGGCGUGGCACAGCCUGGUCUUCAACAAGAUCAGAUCACUGUGGUCAACGCAUUCUUCCGUGCCCCAAGGCCUCAACCAGCUUACAGAUGACGAAGGUGGCCAUGUCAAACAGCCAGGGUAUGAGUCUAGAAGGCAGAAUGACUUGUACAUGCGACUCGGCUUGCUUCUCGGCGAACGUAGAGGAAGGAAUAAGGCCCGAGACAGUUGCACGUCUCUAGCGUCUCUUGAUGCUCAUACGAUUGCCUCGCAUAAUACUAGCCCCGUGUCGACCUUGACUGGUUCAUCGGAAGUGGAUGCUGCGACGCCCUUAGGUCGAGAUUCCCUUGGAUCCUUGGCGUCUAUGAGCUUAUCCGCCGCCAGCAACUGCUCUUCGUCCAGCCCUGGGAGUCGACGACAUUCCGUCAAUGCAUUACAAAGUGGAAGAUCCGAGGAAUUGACCCGCAUGUCGAGUGGAUUCUUCAAGGGCCGGAAGACGGCAGCUAGAAGAUCUGCCAGGGUCAGCAGUAAACAGUCCUCUACUUCUUCUGAACUUAAAAAAGUACAUCCCACACCGCAACUGACAUUACGGCCUCUAUUCUUCGAAGUACCUUCAUCAGACAGCCACGCCUAUUAUGCUGGACGACAGUGGCUUAUAAGGGAUAUGGAGAAAGCUCUCGAAUCAAGCUCAUCGGGAAUUCUAGUAUCAGGAUGUCCGGGAACCGGAAAGACAGCGUUAAUACUCCAGUUAGUAGAGUAUUCAUGUUUUGGAAGGAAGAGAAAUUACGAAUACGAAGAGCUAAGAGAGCAGUCAGAUAUCAGAGAGAUGCUACCGGAAGAGAUGACAGCUGGCAUGUUCACCCACUUGGCUUCACAUGUUGUCGCGUAUCAUUUUUGCCAAGCUGAUAACAACAGUACUUGUCUAGUUGGUGAAUUAGUCCACUCACUCGCCGCACAACUCUGCCAAGCUCCGAGAUUACAAUCCUACAGAGAAUAUCUUCUAAGCGAACCUCAUCUUUUAGCGUGUUUGUCUUUAAAGGAAUGCAUCUCCGACCCAGACCUAGCCUUCAUGAGAGGAAUUAUUGAACCUCUGGUCAUUUUAAGAAGAAAUGGAAGUAUUGACACGUCUAAUAGCAUCAUCCUCGUAGAUGGGCUGUGUGAAGCAGAAUAUCACAGGCCCGAUCAUGGCCACACAAUCGCGUCUUUCUUAGCAAGACAUGUUGCCGAAAUGCCAACGUGGCUAAAAGUCGUUGCAACUGUUCGAACCCAAUUCCUUGAACUAACUAAACAACUCCCGUAUUCAAGACUAAGCCUUGACGAAUCGGACAAUGUAAAUAAAGAUUUACUAGAAUACUUCAAUGCAAGAGUGCAAGCUGCCCCAAUCAUAGAGACAAAUAUAAAAUCGUCUACAGGAAAAUCUGAAGGUGUUCAUAACUCAGCACUAAAAUUCGCUCAAUACAUAUUACAUUUGAGCCAAGGCUCGUUUUUGUUCCUAAAAUUAAUAUUAGAUUUGGUAGAACGUAGUCAUAUUGUUGUGAAAUCAACGAACUACAAAGUAGUUCCGAUAUCGCUGGCGCAGAUAUUUUUGCUCCAGUUCAAUUUGAGAUUCCCGACCGUUCAGUCAUUUGAGAAAGUGACGCAUAUUUUAAGUGUUUGCUUGGCGGCUUUGUAUCCGCUCACUUUAGUCGAAAUAUAUUAUUCCGUGAAUUCCUUACUGGUAGAUACAUUUUUGCCAUGGGAUGAGUUCCGUCACAGAUUUGACAGUCUCGAAGACUUCUUGGUGAAAAGAAUCGACAACACAUACAUGUUUUUCCAUCCAUCAUUCAGGGAAUGGCUUAUUAGAAGGGAUGAUGCCGAAAGCCCUAAGUUCCUGUGUGAUCUCAGAGCCGGACACUGUGGAAUUGCUUUUAGACUAUCAAGGGUUCAAGCGCCAUUAGAUUCCGAGAAGACAAUGGAACUCGGUCAUCACAUAUUAAAGGCUCACAUGUACAGAAAUCUGGGACCAGCGCAAUUAGGUUUGUGCCCAAGAGACUUACAAGCAAUGAUGGUAGCAACAAGUUCCGCAAAUGUCGGAGAAUCUAUAGCUAAUUUGAGGAACAUCUAUACUCCUAAUGUAAAAGUAUCGAGACUGAUGCUCCUUGCUGGUGGCUCGCCAAAUCAAAUUACGGAAUGCCUGGGAAACGCUCCUCUACUGUGUAUGUAUGCAUAUCAAGGAAUAUUAUCCAUGGUUGCAUUACUACUAGAAUUUGGAGCGGAUUUGGAAAUGACAAAUUCUCAAGGAUGUUCAUCGCUAUCAUUAGCGUGUCAAAGAGGUCAUACUGAUGUAGCAAGGAGAUUAAUAGCUGCAGGUGCAUCCCUGAGUCACACUGACACAGCCGAGCAAACUCCUUUGGUGCACGCAGCAAAGAAUGGCCACAGAGAUACAGUGAUAUACCUUCUUGGCUGUCAAACUGGGAGGGGCGACAGAAACUCCAUUGACAUAGACGGGGGUAACAUAGAACAACUAGUGCCCGGGUCAAGACACGCCCUCAUUGGUGCAGCUCAGAACGGACAUUUGGACAUUGUUGAAUAUUUAUUGGAUACAGCCGAAUUAAUUCCCGACGGCAUUUGCCCAGUGACAGGAGAAACUGCCCUUACUGCAGCAUGCUCAGCAGGAAAUGCUGCGAUAGCUGACGCACUACUCAUCAGAGGCGCUACGCCAUAUUCCUUAAACGCCCGUCAGCUGUCACCGUUGGCGUUAGCAGCAAAAAACGGCAGGACCGCUUUGGUUCUAAGGCUUUUGGAUUCCGGCGCUGAUGUCAUGGGAUCCGGUGGAAAGUGUCCUUUGAUCUUGGCAGCAGCUGAAGGUCAUGCUGACGUCGUGGAGAUGCUUUUACAGCAAGGUGCUGAUCCAGAUGCGAUAGAUGCUGACGGUGUAUCACCAUUAGGCUGGGCGUGUCUUCGGUCAAGAAUACCCACUGUGGUCGUGCUGUUGGAUCGAGGGGCAACUAUUGAUCAACCAGAUGGCAACGGAAGAACUCCACUGGGUCUCGCCUGUGGUGGGUCAGCUGAACUGGUGGAAAUACUCCUGGAACGAGGAGCUUCGUUGGAAAGAGUUGACCACAGCGGUCUGCGGCCUUUGGACCGGGCUAUAGGACAAAGGAAUUUACAAGUAGUCAACUGCUUCCUGCGGAAGGGAGCAAAGUUAGGACCGACAACGUGGGUGAUGGCGUCUGGGAAACCGGAGUUUAUGCUAAUUCUACUAAACAAACUACUGGAAGACGGCAAUAUGCUGUACCGUAAGAACCGGCCGUCCGAAGCGGCCCACCGUUACCAGUACGCCUUGAAGAAAGUCAACCCGCUGAUCAGCGAUGAAGGAUUGACUACGGCCACCACGCAACCAGUUCCGCAGGAGCACGUGUCAGCUUUUGUGCAGCUGAAGACUAAUUUGCUACUCAACUUGUCGAGGUGCAAGAGGAAAUUGAAUGAACCAUCUGAAGCACUAGAUUUGGCAGCUCGAGCAUCGGUCUUGCGACCCAACGCGUUCGAAUGCGCAUACGCUAUGGCACGAGCUAUAUUAGCGUUAAACAAACCCUCUGAAGCAUUACCGCAUGCUAGGAGAGCGUUGCUGCUAGCUCCACCUACCGAUUUAUCUGCGGUAAGAACGCUGAAAGCACUGCAACAAGAAAUAUUAACUAGGAUCAACGCAGGAACCCAUAGUCUCAACGGGGAUACCAGAUCAUUGAGGAAUUUUGAUACUAUUAGUCUGAAUAUGCCUUGAAGAAAAAAACUACUAUUAUAUAAAACGAUCGCUUUAUUCAAUAUGUAUAUCAAAUAUGUAUAUUAUUUUUGUUUUAUCAGUAUUGAAGGAUUUCAGAAUUUUCCUUUGAAGAUAUUUAGUUUCGUGUUUAUUUCGUUUUGAAUGGACAAUUUAUAGAUUAUUUUUUUUUUAAACUAACGUAAAAUUAAUAGCACGAUUUUAAUGUUAUAAAUAAUUAAAAAAGUAGUAAAAUUGAAUAACCUUUUUUUUUAAAUUAAAAUUGCGCAUACGACCAUCGUACUUUUUUUUUUUUUUUUUUUAUUGCUAAGAUGUGUGGACGAGCUCACAGCCCACCUGGUGUUAAGUGGUUCUGGAGCCCAUAGACAUCCACAACGUAAACGCGCCACCCACCUUGAGAUACAAGUUCUGAGGUCUCAAGUAUAGUUACAACGGCUGCCCCACCCUUCAAACCGAAACGCAUUAUUGCUUCACGGCAGAAAUAGGCAGGGUGGUGGUACCCACCCGCGCGGACUCACAAGAGGUCCUACCACCAGUAAAACUUACAGUACUUAGUAAAAAGAUAAAUAUUUUUAAUUUCAAGACUGUGUGCUUCAUGAGUUCUGUCCUGUGUAACGCUCGUCCAUCAUUAACGAUAUUAAAAAUGAAAUUUCUAAGUGAUUUUCGUGUACAAAUUCAUUAUUGCGUAACAAAAAAAAAUUACAAAAAAUAAUCUGUUAAUAUAAAAUAUUGUUGAUAACAUGAUAUGUAAAUAUUAUGUGACAAUGUACAGUGUCUUUUCUAUAAUAUGUAUUUUAUCCACAGAUUAAGAAUCUAUAGAUUCAAUUCUCGAAUAAAUAUAUACUUUUUUGUAUAGAUACUUACUUGCCAAUUUAAUUAUUAUUUUUCAAAGCCCAAAAGUUUUAUUUACUUUUUCUACGCGUAAUUUUAAUUUUUAAUAUGGCAACUAUUUUUUUCAGCGGCCAUGUUUUUUUUUUGUUUUUCGUUUUUAAGUUUGAGUUAAACUCAUAGGCCCUUUGAGUACGUACUUGCUUUUAUAUUUAUUUAUUGUUUAUUAAAUCUGACAAUGUAAAGCUAUUGUGGUCUGUUUGUUUGCUUGUAUUGAAAUUAUAUUAUGACUACAUAUCUUAGAGUGAUGUAUGAAUAGUUAGGUAUAUAAUAUUUAUUUUGAAUUGGUUUUAUUGUGACAUAACGAUGUUUUAAGUAUAAAAUCUGUUCUAUUGGCUUUUCUAAGUAAUUGUACUUCAUUCUAAAUUGAAAGUAACACAAAUAUUUAUUUACUCUCUCGUUUAUUCGACAAUCAAGCACAUUUCUCGGAUUUUAUUUUCUUACUGGGAUAAGAAAUAAAAUAGAGUAAUACUGUGUACUGGUUGAAAUUUAAUAUUUAAGACUGAACGAAAAAAGUUUAUUAAAUUGUGACAUUUGUGAAAUGCAUUUUAAAGAAUUACGAUAAUUUCGUAUUUUUAAGUAUGAUAAAUUUACUAUGGGUGUUAUGUAUCGUAGUAAUUAUUAUAUUAAAUUUUUUUUUCAUAUG